AUGAAGCUGCGGCACAUGCUGCAGGUCGCCGUGUGCGCGCGCGUGCGCGACCACGAGAUGCCCCUCGCGGGGCUCUCGCGCGACAUGGCCGCGGUCCCGUGCGGAGGCGGCGGGGACGGGGGCGCGGGGCAGGAGGAGGACGAGCAGCACCAGCAGCAGCACCCCAUGCGCGGCGUGUGGCAGGAGAUGCUCCACGCGACCCAGGACCACGGGCGGUGGCUGGCGGCCGUGGCCGAGACCUACCACUACGCGUACAGCGCGGGGUCGGUCGAGGCCGACGCCGACGUCAGGGCCCUGACCGGGGCGCUGCUGGGUGGUGGCGGCGGCGGCGACCAGCAACCUGGUCAGGGUCACGGCGGCGGCGGCGGGCUGGCGGCCACCGAGGAGGAGCGCAAGCUCUUCCUGCUCGAGGCCGAGGACGUCCGGGCGCUGCGGCUGGCCCUGGACGCGCAGGAGGCGCACGGGCAACGCAAGUGGCGGCCGGCGGCCGAGUACGCGCGCGCCUUUGCGCGCACGCCCGUCGGCGCGGCGCUGCUCGCGCCCGGGAGCGGGAGGAAGGGGGAGGAAGAGGAGGAGGAAGCGGCGAUGACUGCGGCGGCAACCGCAACAACGGUGGGGCCCUCGCCCUUACAGCAGCAUCAGGUGCAGCAGCAGGGGCACCGCCGCGGCCGCGGCGGCAGCGAUGCCGUCGUCGGCUUCGCCCCCGCCCCCGCGUUCGUGCAGCCGCCGAACCACGGGGCGCUGACCAGCUGGAAGAGGAGCUGCCUCCUGGCCGACCUGCGCGAGCGGGCGGUGCGGGAGCGGCUCCGCUACAGGGGCGAGGGGGACCGCCUCUUCGACAUCCCCCGCGGUGACCCGGAGCCCCGCCAUUUGAUGGCGUCGAGGGUGACGGGCGCCCAGAGGGAGAUCGUCUGUGGGGUGGUCUGCCCUCCGGGUUGGCCGCCGUUGCCCGACCGCUUCCGGGGGUAG